UGAAGUCCGAAUUAUAUUUCAUAUUUAUAUAUAAAUUGUGAGAAAUAACUCUCACUGAGUCACUGAGCCAAACGAGUGAGAUAGAUCGAAGCCACUGAGAAAUCCAAAGCUGAACCCUGUUUUCUGGAUUUGUAGGCUUGAGUAAUUCAACUUAACGAAAAUAGUGUUGUGGAAAUAGUGUGCAGAAAGAAGUAAUUGAUAGAUUUUGUGUUGAUAGGAUCCCGUAUGGGUGAGGAAGAAUCAGUAAAUGCAGUUUCCAAGACUGACCCUAAUGGCGAUAGCGUGCCAGAGAAAGCUUUAGGUGAUAUGAGUGAAAAGAAGGAUUUGGAAGCUGAGGGAGGAAAGAUCUUGGAGAAUAAUGGAGUCAAAGACUUGAAGGAGGAUGGUGUAAAUGAAAUGGAAGUUGAUAAGAAAGCUGACGGUGGAGAAGGACUAGAUGCAAAGGAUGAUAAAGUUGAUGAUAACAAAUUAGUAAAAGACAAUACGAAAGUUGAUGACGUGGAAGAAUUAAAACAGGAUAAGAAAGUUGAUGAUGGAGAAGAAUUGAAAGAGGCUGAGAAAGUUGAUGAUGGGGAAUUAUUAAAAGAGGAUAAGAAAGUUGAUGAUGGGGAGGAAUUGACAGAGGAUAAGAAAGUUGGUGAUGGGGAAGAAUUGACAGAGGAUAAGAAAGUUGAUGAUGGGGAAGAUUUGAAAGAGGAUAAGAAAGUUGAUGGAGGGGAAGAAAUUAAGGAGGAUGAGAAAGUUGAUGGUGGGGAAGAAAUUAAGGAGGAUGAGAAAGUUGAUGGCGGGGAAGAAAUAAAGGAGAAUAAGAAAGAUGAUGGCAAGAAAGAAACAGAAGAAGAUAAGAGAGAUGAUCAUGUGCACGUAACAGAAGAAAAUAAGAAAGAUGAUACUGAGGAAGAAAGUGUCAAAUUGGAUGAUGAAACUGGGGUUAAGGAAACUGAGGAUAUUAAAGAGAAGAAUGAAAAUGCUGAAGCUAAGAAACCAGAAUUGGAUGCGAUGGAAGAAGAUGGUGUCGCUGAAGACAAAAAUGAGAGCAGCGAAAAGGAGAAAAUUCAAGAAAAGGCGGAAGAUGAUGAGGAUAAGGUUGCUGAGAAGUCAAAAGACGAAGAUAAUGCAGGAAUCCAAGAAGAUGACGGUGAUGAGGAUAAGGUUGCUGAGAAGUCAAAAGAAGAAGAUUGCGCAGAAGAUAGUGAAAAGGAGAAAAUUCAAGAAGAGGAGGAUGAGGAUGAGGAUCAGGUGGCUAAGAAGUCAAAAGAAGAAGAUAAUGCAGAAAUUCAAGAAGAGGAUGAUGAUGAGGAUAAGGUUGCUGAGAAGUCAAAAGAAGAUAGUACAGAAGAUAUUAAGGUUGAGAAACGAUCGAGAAAGCGUGUGAGAGGAAAGAACAAUGGGGAGAAGGUGACAAAGAAAAGAAAGGAGCUGAAGGAGACAGAGCCAAGGACUCCUUCUAUCAAUCGCCCUGUACGUGAAAGGAAAUCAGUGGAGAGGUUGGUAACAUCAAUGGAGAAAGAUGCAUCCAAAGAAUUUCACAUUGAAAAGGGUCGUGGUACACCUUUAAAAGAUAUACCCAAUGUGGCAUUUAAAAUUACUAGAAGGAAGAUUGAUGAUAAUUUCAAAUUGCUCCAUACAAUACUCUUCGGUAGGAGAGCCAAGGCAAUUCAGGUCAAGAGUAAUAUAUUAAGGUUUUCUGGUUUUGUAUGGCAUGAAAAUGAGGAGAAACAGAUGAUUAAAGUAAAAGAAAAAUUUGACAAAUGCAAUAAAGAGAAGUUACUGGAGUUCUGCGAUUUGUUUGACGUACCAAUUGCAAAGUCAACAACAAGGAAGGAAGAUAUUAUUGCGAAGCUGGUAGACUUUUUGGGUGCCCCUCAAGCAACAACAACUGUGCUGCUUGCAGAAAAAGAUAAGUCAAACAAGACAAAUAAACGCAAGCGCACCCCAAAGCGGAGUUCAUCUAGAUCUGGAACAACAUCAUCGGGACGUUCUACUAAGAGUAGGAAGAGAACUAAAGAUUCUUCAGCAGCCGAGGAGAGAAAGAAUACAACUGAUACAGAAAAUGAAUCAGAGGAAGAAGAGAAAGAUGAAGAGAAUGAGGAGGAAAAUGAAAAUGGUGUUCCUGACAAAUCUGACGAUGAAAUGCCUGACCAAUCUGUAAGUGAAGAUAGAAAUGAUUCUGAUAAUGAAUCUGAAGAUGUGAAGACACCUAGAAAGAGGAAUAAAGUAUCAUCCACAAAGAAAGAAUCUGCUGAAAAAAGUAAAAAGAUUAUUACAGUUGAAAGGAAACCUCGCUCAGCACCGAAGAGAAUUUCCAAGAAGCCAUUGGCAACACACGAGUCUGAUGAUGAUAGUGAAGAAAGUCCAAAGGUCUCUUCGAGGAAAAAGAAAAAUGAAAAACAAGGAAAACAGAAGACCUCAACUGUGACUAAGUCUUCCUCCUCCAAAGAGAAAACGGCAGAAAAGGUUACUAAAGGAAGGAGCAAGAGCAAAGGGAAGUUGAGCCCCAGUGAUGGUCAGAUACGCGAUGCAAUAUGUGAAAUUUUCAAAGAAGUCGACUUCAACACGGCUACAUUUACGGACAUUCUGAAGCUUCUUGCUAAGCAAUUCAACACAGAUCUAACCCCAAGAAAGGCAUCUAUAAAGGUAAUCAUUCAGGAAGAGCUGACAAAACUAGCUGAUCAAGCAGAAGAUGAUGAUGAUGGAGAAGGGGAUGGUGAAGAUGAUGAGACCCAAGAAGUCGAAGCCUGAUGACUGAGAGGAUCAGGUGUGACUGCUUGGAUGUGUAGGUUUAGCAAUGUAUGUACACUUUGACCACAACAGCUAUGCUUAGUAAGUAUUUUGUACACUUUGCAGAGUAAAAGUGACUGUAAUUUAUUCUUAGCGUCAUCUGUCCAAUCUAUGAUGAGGGGACAAACCUGUAUUUGCUGCAAAGUUAAGUGGAGUCUUCUUUUGUUGUGCUUUCUUGCAUAGACAUGAACAGUGUUUGUAGUAGGGUUUUAGUAUUGGUGAACGUGACUGACCAAUGCUAGCUUUGACAAUGUGUAGUUCUAGUUUAAUAAAUAUCUGACAUCUGAAGUUGUGGCA